GGGCCAUCUACAACACCCCUUGGUAAGGUCUCUCUGCCUCCGAAACUGUCGAAAGUUGCAGAGAUUCCUUAGAAGUGCGUAGAGCCCGGCGCCACAUGCAGAUCUCUUAAAAUGGAGCCGGGAAAGGCUGUCUUAGUCACGGGGUCCACCAGCGGCAUUGGACAAGCUACCGCCCGGAUGUUCUUGUCACGUGGCAAUGAUGUCAUCGUGACGGGAAUAGCAGACCAACAGACCAUUGAUGAUGUCAUGAAAGAAUUCAAAACGUUGCCUGGAAAGGCUACAUUCGUCCCCGUCAACCUGCGAGACGUGAACUCCAUUCAGGCAUUCUGUGAAGAAGUAGACAAGCUCUACCCUAACGGCAUCGACGUUCUGGUGAACAAUGCAGGUGCUAUAUUCAAUGGCCCCGUGGAUGAGAUUCCAAAAGAUAAAUGGAAUGAAGUCAUCGCCGUGAAUCUGUCCGCGCCGUUCCAUCUCAUCAAGCAUUUCCUUCCGGCCAUGCGCAGAAAGGGCUGGGGCCGUAUUGUAAACAUGUCAUCUCAGCUAGGUUUAGGAAUCAGCAUGCCAGGCCGUGCACCAUACAGUGCCUCCAAGACGGGUCUAGUGGGACUUACUAAGGCGGUGGCAUUAGACGCAGCUUUGUGCGGUGUCACGUGUAACGCGGUCUGUCCUGGUUUCUGUGUCACAUCCAUGACAGAUAAGUUGUUUCAGGAAUACGCAGAAAAAUGGGGAAUUCCAGUAUUAGAAGCCAAGGAGCGGUUUAUAAGGGAAGGUCAUCCAACGGGGAAAGCCACGGAAAUAUCUCAUAUCACAGACUACAUCUGGUUCCUGUGUUCCCCGGGUGCUGAUAACAUGACGGGUACAGCUGUACCUCUGGAUGGCGGCAACACGUCACGUUAGACGAAGAUUCUCUGAUCACGUGGUCACAGUAUCACGCUCCUUGGUAUUGCAAUCCAUACUCCUUACAGAGUGUGUGCCGCUCUCUCCGUUCGCUUUAUAUCACUGCCACCACUGGCAAAUUUUGCACAGAUAUCUUGAACAACGCCGAGGCCAAUGGCGAUGUCUUUCCUAAAUUCUUUCUCAACCUUUGUUUCUAAUAAUAUUUUACACAAAUGUAUUUUGCACAGUAUGAUUCUAACCAGCAUCUGAAAGAAUGUUAUUAAGGAAUCCUGAUGAAAUAGUUCCGUUUCAGAAUGUUCGUCGGUUCAAAGAUCCAGCAGGGGCCUCCGUGGCUCAGUCGGUUAGCGCGCUAGCGCAGCGUAAUGACCCAGGAGCCUCUCACCAAUGCGGUCGCUGUGAGUUCAAGUCUAGCUCAUGCUGGCUUCCUCUCCGGCCGUAU